UUUUUUCACUUAUAGCAGUUUUAACGCACCAGUUGCUGUUUAAUCGCAAGAAUUUCAUCUACCCAGCGACUUUACAGUUCUAAUAAACAGCGUCUUCAAAUGUCAAUACACUCUUGAGUCAGUCAGUAGUAAUGGAAAGCAGUCUGGUAACUCUGUGUUGUGUUUCGUUUUACGCAUGGCGCUCUCGUAUUCUCAUGAAAACUCUGCCUAUUGGUAUCCCGAACCUGGCAGCCUUAAUUACACAGUUAUGAAACGGAAGAUAGAAGAGAAUGGAGAAAGUGAAGGACCACCUCCGAAAAUUCCUGGGAACUACUCUUUACCACUGCCUUAUGGAUGGCAGCCGCCGAGAGUGCAAGUUAAUAUGAGAGGUGGUGGUAUGAGAAUGGCGAGAGCUGGACCGUGGAGAGGCGGAGCGGUACCGAGAGGAAUGCCAGCAUAUAACCCACGAGGGUAUUUCAGAGGCAAUGGAAGGGGGGGUCGAGUAGCACCACCAAGAUACUAUGAGGUUCUGCAACAGCCAUAUCCGAGGGACUACCAGAAGCCCAGUUGGUUGCCUCACUACCAGCAGCAUGAGCCUCUGUCACCGCAGCAGCCGCCGCCUCUUCCUCCGCCGCCGCUACCACCACCUCCACAAGCCCAGCAACAUCAGGCGCAUCCCCCACAGCACCAACACCAACACCAACAUCAACACCAGCACCAUCACCCUCACCCUCAUCCUCAUGUCCUCUCUUCUUCGGGGACCGGUGACACUUCACAGAUAGAUCCGAACCAGGUGGAGGAUCCCAAUGCAGGAAACAAUAUUGUCGUGGUUCGGAAAGCUGUGACUGCACCUGUCUCUGUUGUUGAGGAGACCUUCACCAAACCUAAGUCAAAUAAGCGACGACCAAUGUCGCAGAGCUAUCCAUCACGUCCUUGGAACAAGGAAGAUGCAGAAAGAGCUUUAGCAGUUGAAUCUUCACACAUGAAAGGUCUCCGAAAUCAGUCUCUGAUCAUUCGGUUCCCAGACCCAGAGCUUACAAAGGAUAUGGUCAAAGCAUUCCAUCCAGGAAUUGAGAAUGUCCAUUUCCAAGUUCCAAGUGGUCCAAGGUACUGCUUUGUUCAAUUAUCUGAAUCAACAAAUGCAGACAAAACCAUGAAGGAAUUAGAGAAGAUUAAAUUUGGAUCAGGAACUUUAAAAGUGGAGAAAAAGUUUUCGAAAGAUGAAGAGGAGCUGUCACCUGAGGCUAUUGAUCCUUAUACGUUAUAUAUUGGAAACUUACCUACAAAAGUUAAUAUAGCUAGUGUCAAGGAGAAAUUCCCAACAGCUUCAAGGAUAGAUAUUGGCUUUGCACAGAGGAUGAAGUUCACGCGGUAUGCAUUUAUUAGGUACAACACAGUUGACGAGGCCAUAGAAGCCUACAAAAGCACACACAAUCUUGUUCUCGAUUCGAGAAGCAUCAUUGUCAGGUUUAGGAGACAACGAGGACCCGUAGGUCUACCAGGUGAAAGUCGGCCACCGAAACCUCCAAAGGCUCAAAAGGAAGCAGCAAAAACACAAAAGGGGAAGAAGGAGAAACCUGUUAAACCUAAAGAAGAGGAGGAGGAAGUCGAGGAGGAAGAAGAAGACGAUGAUGAGGACGACGAUGACGAUGAUGAGGAUGAAGAUGAUGAUGACGAUGAUGAUGAUGAAGAUGAGGAUGAUGAGGAAGAAGAUGAUGACGAUGAUGAUGAAGAUGAGGAACCAGAUGAUCAGGAUGCAGCUGACGACGAUCCUGAUGAGGAAGAUGAAGAAGACGAUGAGGAGGAGGAGGAGGAUGACGAGGAUCUCUCGGGAAGCCUGUUGCAACAGAUCGACUCUCAGAUUGGAGAUAUUGAUGCGUCCACAUUUAAAUUGUAAACUAUUGGUGUGUAACCGAAAUUCUCUUUCUGUAACGCACUAUUUUAACAGACAGUAAUGCAAUACGUACUGAUUAUGCAUUGCUUCAGAACUCUGAAGCCAACUAAAGAUGACAAACAGUUGAAAAAUAUACAGUGGCUCAUACAGAUUUGCAAUUGAAAGUGAGUGGCAUAUUUUGUACUGACAUGGA